AUGUCUCUGCGGUUGGAGGAAGUCACGAUAGCGCUCUUGAAGCCGCAUUGUCACAAGGACAUCAGUCUAUUGUGGAGCUUCUGCGUACAAGCGGCGCGUGACAAGCCACGCUCUUUGGCUGCCGGGGCCAGGGGAAUCAGUCAGCAAUGA